AUGAGUUUGAACGGCGAAUUACGCCCUAUCCAACGCUACAUUACCUCCCAUGACCCAAUCACUGGAAAAGCCAUCGUGAUCCAAGCAAAACCAUCCUCGGUGGAUAAAAGAAAAGAUGACGCAAUUCGAUUCAACGUCCCAUACACGAUCUCAAGCUUUCCACCAGACAUGAACGACGAUCAAGACCUGAAGUCCCACGAACACCUCAUGUCUUCCGGCAAGCUCGGACUCGUCAAUCCCGGAGGAACGGUCUGCAGAUUUGUCGACUUUGCCCCCGACACCAAGCAACCAUUGAUGCACCGCACACAAAGCCUGGACUACGGAAUCGUGAUUGAAGGGUGUAUCGAUAUGAUCCUUGAUUCGGGAGAAGAGUAUACGCUCCAACGUGGGGAUAUUGCGAUCCAGCGUGGGACGAUGCAUGCGUGGAGGAACUCGAGUAAGACGGACUGGGCUAGAAUGGUUUUUGUUCUACAUGAUUCGAAAGAGCUAUGUGUUGGUGGCCAGGUUAUUGGUGAAGAUUUGGGGCAUGGCGCGGUUGAUGUACCUCCAAGCCGCCUUUCUUAG